AUGAAUGUGAGCAGAGACAAGGUGGGUGACAUCUCCAUCCCGGCAGCGGCAGCCGCGGCGGUGACAGCCCCCGCAGCCUCGCUUGGCAUCGGCGGGGAGCCCUGCGGCUUGCCCGGGGAAGGCAUGGAGAGCCACGGGGAGCAGCGGCUCUCGGCCGGCGGCGAGCUGCCCCUCUACUCCUGCCCUGGAAAUAGGGACAGGCAAGGGGACGGGCAGAGCAACACCCCCGGACAAGAGGGGGCAGCGGGGGCCCUGCCCGCCGUGCACAGAACCACCUCUUUCUCCGUGCUCGACAUCCUGGACCCUAACAAAUUCAACAGCAAGAGGAGGCAGUGCGGGGGCUUGUACAAAUCGGGGGGAGCCCAGUUCCCGCUGGGGGCGGAGGAUAAGCCCGAGGACUCAGGGACGGAGCUGGCCGAGCAAAAAGCUCUCGCCGAAGAUUUCGACGCGUGCAAGAAGUCCGCGGAGCUCAUCAAGGAGGACGGCGAGCUCUACAAGGCCGAGGAGUGCGACCUGGACUGCAGCAGCAGCAGCCGGCCGAGCCGCAGCCCCGACAGCGAGCUGCAGGACGACGAGGAGCUGUGCGGCGAGGAGAGCAGCACCAGCACCACCACAGGCGGCAGCGGCUCGGCGGCUCCCGGAGAGCCCGACCCGGGCCACCACCACCACCACCACAACCACGCCGAGCAGAGCCAGCAGGCCAAGCCCAAGAGGAAGCGCACGGGCUCGGACUCCAAGUCGGGGAAGCCCCGGCGGGCUCGGACAGCUUUCACCUACGAGCAGCUGGUGGCGCUGGAGAACAAGUUCAAGUCCACGCGGUACCUGUCGGUGUGCGAGCGCCUCAACCUGGCGCUGUCCCUCAGCCUCACCGAGACGCAGGUGAAGAUCUGGUUCCAGAACCGCCGCACCAAGUGGAAGAAGCAGAACCCCGGCGCCGACACCAGCGCGCCCACCGGCGGCGGCGGGGCGGGCGGCGGGGCGGGGGGCGGCGGGCUGGGGGGCGGCCUCAGCCCCCUCAGCCACUCGCCGCCCAUGGGCAACCCGCUCUCCAUGCACGGGCCCGGCAGCUACGCGGGGCACCCCGCCGGGGGGCUGGUGUGCGCCGCCCAGCUGCCCUUCCUGCCCAGCCCCGCCGUCCUCUCGCCCUUCGUGCUGGGCUCGCAGACUUACGGCGCCCCGGCUUUCUACACCCCGCACCUAUAA